UAUCGACGUUACACUGUCAUCGUUGAAACUACCUUUUUCAACAUCUUCAUCGUGCAGGCAUCACAUCGGAGCUUGACAUCCACUUAGUAUCGACCUGUCGUCAUGAUGGUCCCCCGGGAAUCGCAAAACCUAAUCGAUUUCAACCGUUAUGUGAUGAAUGACAUCCCGAUCCGCCUCAUACGACUAUCAGACAUGAAGAUUGGCGGGCGUAAUGAUGUGAAGAAGCACUUCCGGAACUCUGUGCCAGAUGGGCUCUACGAUCCCGCCAACCAUGUCAAGUACGCUAUUCUGUCUCACAGAUGGCUGGAUGAGGGAGAGCCACCCUUCUACCACGCAUCUUCACGCGGGAUCAAAGCAUUUCUGAAUGAGUGGCCGGUGCCUAUCCUCAUUUAUGUGAAGUGUCACCAUGUCAAUCUCGCCGAAGACCUUUUGCCAAGCGUGUGGAGAAUAUGCUUUUUCGAUAUCUUCCCUUCCUGCGAGUACCCUUGGGACCUUUUCAAGCUGCCAAUGGCUAUCACCCGUUGACGGACUCCACCGACUCAUAAAUGUUGGACUCCCGAACUUCCGCCUUCGAGGAAGCCAAUUCGGACACAGCUCAUACAAGCUCAUAUCUGAACUAUCGAGGGUGGGUUUGAUGAACAACCGCGUGCCUUUUCAGGUGCACGAGCAACACUGAUAGACGGUGAACAAAGCAAACAAUUGAACACCGGUUCGAUUCCAUGCGGGGGAUCAAUAAAUUUUAGUAUUUACACUGAAGCCAGAACUUCAUCGUAGAAGUCGGACGAUGAGACUCGCUAUACAAA